UGGUCAAAUAAGUAGUGAACUAUGUCUUUGGCAUGAGGAAGUCUGGAUCCUCUGGCUUAAACAGCCACAGUAGCUGCCUGCUCAGGGAUGUGUCUGAUUUUGCAGCCCCGCCUCAAACACUGGACUCAGCUGCACAGGGGAACUGCUGCCUGUCUGUCAGGCUGCCCGAGGACCGACACACUUCACACAGCAGUCCGGGACCGCGUUUCACCAAAAACACUGUUAAGAUAUGAGACCGGGCAUGACUGUGCGGGCCAAGCUGAGGGUGUAGCCACAUCUGGCAGAGACUGCUGAAGUAAGCAGGAGCCUCAGCACACCAAACCAUCCACUGCAGCGGGGACGAUGGGAGAGACGGAGGAGGAGAGGGAUAAUGUGGGGAAGCUGUUUGAGGACUUUGUCCAGUCCUCCACCUGUAAAGGAGCCCUUCAGGCCUUCAACGUCCUCUGUAGGAGGCUGAACCUCGACCCUGCGGACAAUGACAUUUUCUACAGCAGUCUGAAGGCAAAGGUCACCUCCUGGAAGGCCAAUGCACUAUGGAGUAAGCUGGACAAAAGGAUGUCCCAUAAGGAGUACCAGAAAGGCCAAGCCUGUGUGGGCACCAAGUGCCUCAUCAUCGGAGGAGGCCCCUGUGGCCUGCGCACGGCCAUCGAGCUCGCUUUGAUGGGUGUCAAAGUGGUGGUGAUCGAGAAGCGGGACUCCUUCUCCAGGAACAACGUGCUGCACCUUUGGCCCUACACCAUUCAUGACCUGCGGGGCCUCGGGGCAAAAAAGUUUUAUGGCAAAUUCUGCGCCGGGGCCAUUGACCACAUCAGCAUUCAGAAGCUGCAGCUGGUCCUACUGAAAGUCGCCCUGAUUGUUGCAGUGGAGUUUCACGUCAAUGUGGAGUUUGUCAAACUGUUGGAACCUCCAGAGGAUCAGGAAAAUGAAGGGCUUGGGUGGAGGGCUGCAAUCCGACCUGCUGAUCACCCCGUGGCUAACUUUGAGUUUGAUGUCGUGGUGGGGGCUGACGGACGGAGGAAUACACUAGAAGGUUUCAAAAGGAAGGAGUUCAGGGGGAAGCUGGCGAUCGCCAUCACCGCCAACUUCACCAACAGGAACACCACUGCAGAGGCCAAAGUGGAAGAGAUCAGCGGUGUGGCCUUCAUCUUCAACCAGAAAUUCUUUCUUGACCUCAAAGAGGAGACGGGAAUUGAUCUGGAGAACAUUGUGUACUACAGGGAUAACACGCAUUACUUUGUCAUGACUGCCAAGAAACAGAGCCUGAUGGACAAGGGAGUCGUCAUCAACGAUUACAUAGACACCCAGAUGCUGCUGUGCAGUGAAAAUGUCAACCAGGAAGCUCUUCUGUGCUACGCCCGAGAGGCUGCUGACUUUGGCACCAACUACCAACUUCCCACGCUGGAUUUUGCCAUGAACCACUGCGGGCAGCCAGAUGUAGCAAUGUUUGACUUCACAAACAUGUACGCCUCUGAGAACGCUGCUCUGGUCAGGGAGAGAAAUGGACACCAGCUGCUGGUAGCACUGGUUGGCGACAGUCUGCUAGAGCCCUUCUGGCCCAUGGGGACGGGUUGUGCCAGAGGCUUCCUGGCUGCCUUCGACACAGCGUGGAUGGUAAAGAGCUGGGCUCAGGGGCGGACGGCUCUGGAAGUUCUGGCAGAGAGGGAGAGUAUUUACAGGCUACUGCCACAGACAACAACUGAAAACAUUGCCAAAAACUUUGAGCAUUACACCAUAGACCCUGGGACUCGAUACCCCAACCUCAACUCCUCUUGUGUCAGGCCACACCAGGUGCGUCACUUGCAUGUCAGCGCAGAACUGAAUUCCUGCUCUCUAGAGCGUUCUGCUACCAUACGCCGGCCUGUCAAUCUCUGCAGACGCGAGUCGGAGAUCAGACCGGCGAGGCUACUUACCUGGUGCCAAAAACAGACCGAGGGCUACAGGAAUGUGAUGAUUACAGACUUGACGUCUUCUUGGAAAAGUGGCAUCGCCUUCUGCGCCCUCAUCCACAGGUUCAAACCCCAGCUGAUAGAUUUUGACUCAUUAAACGAGGAAGACCACUCCGCAAACCUCCAGCUGGCUUUUGACGUCAGUGAGCGUGAAUUUGGGAUCGCAUCAUUCACAUCGGUGAAGGAGCUGAGUGCCGAUCAGCAGCUGGAUAAGAACAAGAUGAUCACCUACCUGUCCAAGUUCUACGAGCUGCUCCGUGGCACACCUUUACCUGCCUCAGGUUCCAGAAGAGUUGAUGAAAACAAUGAAGAUUAUCCAUCUAAGGAAGUGAGAAGUAAUAAUAAUGUGCUAAACCUUGCACUGCACAGGAAACGGGUACCUAAGGAUGAAAAGAAGACAGACGGUACAGAUCCCAUUUACAAAAGAAGACGGAAAUUCUGCAGUUAUCUGGAGGAGGCCACCAAUCUGUCGAGUAAUGGCUCCGCAGUUCGAGACGACCGAGAGCCCAAGGAAAACAAAGUGCGCUCAAUUUCUACUCAGUUGCUGGCCAAGUUUGAAAGCACACCCAACUUCUCCGUCCGGAAAACACAGUCACACUGUGAGACGUCUUCCUCGCUGCAAACCUUUGACCUAGAUGAGAGUGUGCACAUUGAACUCAGGCCUCCGGUCCCACGGAAACCUCCUCCUGAGAUGCAGUUUGAAGUCAGUAUCAGAAAAGCAGCAGAACACUUAGUGCGCCUGCCUCCAAAGACCCUCCCCAAACCUCAGCUCCAGCCUGAGGCCCAGCAUCCAUUUUCUGUAGUGAAGCUCAGACAUGUUGAUCAGACGCACACUGAGACGAAGCCUCAGCCCGAGAGUGCAGACCCCCCUGCUUCUUCUCCCUCCUGCCACUCUGCAAUCCAUUUCAUGUCAAGAGUCCUCCAGCGCCUCAGGGAGGUGGAUGAACACGUCUCUGAGAAAAAAGCUCAGACACAACAGGCUAGAGAGUUUCACACAAAGAGUAUAAAGGAAAAAGCUGUUCAUCUUAGGGGGUUGUUCUCAACAGAGAGCUCUGCUGUACUCAAGGGCGGCUCAGUGCGAAGGGUGUUCCCCCCGUCGGGUGACAAGUGUCACUCGUGCGAGAGGCGUGUUUAUAUGGUGGAGAGGGUUUGUGCUGAAGGGCUCUACUUCCACAGGGAGUGUUUCCGCUGUUUCACCUGCAGCUCUGCCCUGCGACAGGGAGCACAUGCCUUUGACUCUGAAGAGGGGAAAUUGUACUGCAAACUUCAUUUUGAUCAACGCAACAAUGGGACAAACCUUCGGAGGAAUUUGUCUCUUCGCUCAAUCCGUUCUGGAGCUGGAGUUCAGGAGCAAUGUGCUGAUGAUGUACCGAGCUCCGAGUCCAGCAACACAGCAGAUCUGCAGAGUCAAUCCUCAGCAGGUACCUUCAGCUCGUUCAUGAGGAAACACCUGAGCUGGCCCCUGAGUGUGACUCGUGCUGUGUGUAACGCCCCCUGGUAUUUGUCCAAUCGUGUGCGUAGUACAGCACAGGCCCUUGCCAGCCACCUAUGGGACAAUGCUCAGGACUAUGCAAUCCUGUAUGAACUACUGAGCAUGAGCUUGCCCCUACUGCUUGUUUUACAAGAGGUACUGCUGCAGAUGCACACAGAGGAUGUGCCUGAUGGGCCCAGCACUCUGCAGCCUCUACUGCUGUGGCUGCAGGAGCAUAUAGGGCACAGGCUCAUCUAGACGCUCCGCAGACUCCAGCUGUUAAUAUUUGACUUCAAAUGCCAUUAAAUCUGUGGCUGAGGUGCACAUUAGCAGGAGUGUUCUUGUCAUAAUAUAAUUUGUAGCCGUGCACAAGCACCUUUUGUAAUGUUUACUUGCUUUUUAUGAUGAUACUGCUCUCAGUGUCUUCGAUGUACUUGUGCAUCAGCCAAAGAAGAGACACUGUAAGUUUGCUCAUGCAACGUUGUGCAAUUUACUACAGGGGUUAAUGAAAGCUGCACCAAAUACUUUUUGCAGUAGGUUUAAGGUGGAAACAUUAUUUGUAGGGUUAGAAUAAGUUUAACAAACAGAUUGAAGAUAGUUAAAAUGCAAAUUAAACAGGCCACAGUCAGUGCAUUAAAGGCUUGAGUCUGCUGAAAUCAUCAUUGCUGUAGAACUCAACCUUUUACAAACUGUCUUGGAAAAAGGAUCCUGCAGUUAAAAUUAGCUUAACUCAGGUUAUGAAUGACUAACUUAAUGCACUUUAUCUUUGGGAACUGCCUCGUCGAUGCAGCAGUAAACUGUCACAUUAUGAAAGCCAGACAGGUUUUCUUUUGACUAUGCAUAUGUGCUUCUGCCAUAUGUUUUUCUUUCCUUUUAGAUCUAUAUGCAGGUAUGUGUGUUUUAAACACAUGUCAACAAUUUGCUUAUUUUCCUUUAUACUGACCAUUCAGUGUACCUUCAUGAACCGUUUUUAUUGAUUCUUGAAUGGAUAACACCAAAGAAUCUCUCCAGUCUGGUGAGUUUGCUUUCCAGUAUUUAGUUCUACUUUGCUGCCAUCUACUGUUGACUCUCAGAAAAGCCGUGAAGGCAAAAUGAGAUACCCCGCCCUUUCCUUUUUUUUUUUUUUAUCUUUUUUUUUUUAAAACCUCUCCCUGUAUAACAUUACAGAAAAUUACAUUUUAAAGAUUUAUUGUUGACAAUAGAAGCAGGUGAGCAUGCUGUGAUGUGUUUGAAUGUGCUUGCCACUCUUGCCAACAUUUUAAAGCAUGUUGUUGGAUCAACUGCAAGCCUCUUUUACUUCAGAUACACUAUCUAAUGAUGCUUAUGAAGCACUUAAGAGUUUCAGAGUUGUGUUUUGUUUAUAUGAUAUUUGCAAAGACUUCAAGCAUUAUUGUAAGUGUUUACAGCAUGAUGUGCUGGAUAUGCAACAUUUGUGUUUUGUUGUCAGCUACCUAAUAUUUUAUGUUGAAUUACUGAACCUGCUGCAUGUUAUAGGAGUUGCUUUACUGGUUUACAUUGUUUUAAUAUACCAAAGAAUUGUUCUCAAACACACUGACUGGACUUAUGUAACAUUUAUUUUAUAUAUCUGAAUGACAAGACGCCAAUAAUGCAAACUGUAAAAUGUUUAAUGUCAGUAUUUUGCUUUUGUUUUCAUAAAUGUUUUUGAACUUUU